GUUUCACGUCUGGGAGACUGACGGGUCGGCUCGGCCAGUCGCAGACUAGAUAAGUGAGCUGCGUGAGAGCCGGGUUGCAGAGAUCCCCUCCAUCCGCCCAUCCCCAAGUAAACCACCACAAUGCUCCAGCUCGCCCGUGUCUCUGCCCUCCGCGCUGCCCGCUACCCCGCGGCUCGCGCCUUCACCACCUCGACCGUCGCCCGCGACGACGCUGCCGACGCCGCCAGGAAGCUCCAGGAGCAGGCCCGCCAGGCCGCCAAGGACGGCUACGAGGCUGGCCAGAAGCUCGGCAAGGAGUUUGUCAAGCAGGCCCAGCAGGCUAGCAAGGCUGCCGAGAAGCAGUUUGACCAGGUCAAGGGUGCCGUCAACGAGCGCUUCGACUCGACCGUCGCCGCCGCCAAGGCCAUCGCCGACGAGGCCAUUGCCGAGGGUGUCACCUCGCCCGCUGAGAUCAAGGCUGCCGGCCAGCGCUUGAAGGACAACGUCAAGGACGACAUCAAGCGGGCCCAGGACGCUGCUAACGCCGCAAAGCGCGGUUAAGCGCCGAGCUCUUUUGGUAGUGGAACGUAGGCUGCGUGUGUGGAAGAAAUGAAACGUGUGUGGUGCGA